AUGGCUGAUAACAUGAUGGACAUCGAUGAUGAUGAAGAAGUCAAAGGAAACAUUGAUAGUAUCGACAACUGUAACGAAACAACACUCGCCCGCCUCCUGCCGAGGACUGCCAGCGCUUCCUCCAAACCUUCAAUAAUCAGAGAAAUGGCCCUGCAUGAUGAAUUACAUGACAGGCCAUGGUCAAUAUUGGAGCAGAGAAUUGGUAUACAACGCCGCAUGCGGGAUGCUGAGAUCUUGGAAGCCGCACGAGCCAACAAGAUCACAUCAAGCAAAUGGGUGCUGUUCCCAUCCUUAAGACAAGUCGAUAGGGCUUGGAGAAUCGUUGCGGAAUCGACCGCCCGCGGACAGCUGGGUAUCGGCGCAAAAGUUGCGACAGAUGAUGGUGGAUCGGGGUUUGGUGGUGCCAACUAG